AUGAGCUCUUCUCGCCCAACACCGUACCAGGGCAAGUCCCUGCCCGACUCUUCAGCUGCGUCCACCGCGUCGGAAAGUAUUAUGGCCAUCGACACCGUUAGAGAGAGGAAGAAGGAUUCUAGAGGUGAACGGGAGGAUGAGGAGAGGACUGCGUUGAUCGAUGCAGGAGGCAGCAACACUCCUGAGGUUUCUGCUGAUUAUGGCAGUAUUGCGCCGUCAGUCCCUGGACGUGCUCCGAGACGCAAAUAUGCACUUGCUAGACGAGCACGCUACUAUAUCCCCUCGCUGGCAUGGAUCCCGCAGUACAAUUGGUCGCUUCUCGGUGGCGAUAUCCUAGCCGGUUUGACAGUCGGCUGCAUCCUUAUACCCCAAUCUAUCAGUUACGCUUCGUCGUUGGCGAAGCUCAGUCCCGUAACUGGUUUGAUUUCUGCCUCAAUUCCUGGAAUUAUCUAUGCGUUCCUUGGUACAUCCAGACAGCUUAACGUUGCACCAGAAGCGGCGCUCUCGCUCCUCCUGGGCCAGGCCAUUCAGGAGAUCCGACACGAAAUUGGGGACCCACCAGAAGGAGGAAUCGACGUUGUCGGUCUUGCCGUGUCUUCCGUUAUCAACUUUCAGGUCGGCUUGAUUUGCUUCCUUCUCGGUUUCUUCCGCCUGGGCUUCAUUGAUGUCGUCCUCAGUCGGGCUCUGCUUAGGGGCUUCAUCAGCGCCGUCGCUGUUGUCAUCUUGGUUGAGCAGCUGAUACCCAUGUUCGGCUUGACCCAGUUGAUGCGGGUCGUCGGUCCACAUACCACCCUUCAGAAGAUCGCGUUUAUCUGGGACAACGUCUGGGAGCACUCGAACCAGCUUACUAUGGUGAUCAGCUUUGGCGCAUUGGGCUCCCUCGUCCUCUUCAGAAUGUUCAAGAACCAGUUCCAAAAGACGUGGUGGAUCUACCGUCUCCCGGAGGUGCUGAUCGUUGUGGUGCUCUCGACCUACAUCUCUGGGAAGGUUCGAUGGGACAAGGGUGGCGUUGAUAUCCUCGGCGCUGUAUCCGUCAGCACAGGAGACCACUUCUUCCAAUUCCCCCUUGCCAACGGCAAUUUCAAGUUUGUCCGCGCCACUACCUCCACCGCUGUUUUGAUCGCUGUUGCUGGCUUCUUGGAUUCCAUCGUCGCUGCUAAGCAGAAUGCUGCUCGCUUUGGACAUUCGAUCAGUCCCAACAGAGAGUUGGUCGCUCUUGGUGCCUCGAACUUGGUUGCUUCUUUCGUUCCCGGUACCCUUUCGGCCUUUGGGUCUAUCACUCGAUCCCGCAUUAAUGGUGACGUCGGCGGACGAACCCAGAUGGCUUCCAUAGUCUGUUCGCUGGUCGUCCUCUUCGCGACGUUCUUCCUCCUUCCGUGGUUGUACUACCUGCCAAAAUGUGUUUUGGGUGCAGUUAUCACCCUCGUUGUUUACUCCCUCUUCGCCGAAACUCCUCACGACGUCAUGUAUUACUGGAAGAUGGGCGCCUGGGUCGACCUCGCGAUCAUGACCAUGACCUUUACCGCUUGCAUCGUGUGGAACUUGGAAGCUGGUAUUGUCAUUAGCAUGGUUCUUUCGUUGUUGCUUGUUGUGCAUCGCUCGUCCAAGACGAGGAUGACGAUUUUGGGAAGGAUUCCGGGUACGGAUAGGUGGAAGCCUUUGAAGGAUACGCCGGAGGCUGAGGAGGCUGUUUCGGGUGUUUUGAUUGUGAGGAUUAGGGAGAGUCUGGACUUUGCCAAUACGUCACAGUUGAAAGAACGACUGAGGAGGUUGGAGCUGUACGGACCUCACAAACACCACCCUUCCGAACGACCUACUCGUCAAGAGGCCUCUGUGCUCAUUUUCCAUAUGGCCGAUGUCGAUUCCGUGGAUGCUUCAGCCGCGCAAAUCCUCUACGAACUCACCGAAGAAUACAUGAAGCGUGACGUUCAGAUCUUCAUGACGCACGUCAAGGCCAAGCCGUACCAGACGUUUGUCAAGGCUGGUAUUGUGGAUAUGGUUGGGUUGGAUGCGUUUAGGGAGACUGUGGCUGAUGCGGUUAGCAUUGUUGAGAGGAGUGCUGCUCCGAGUAGGGUUUGAGUGUCGCUUAAAUGGUUGGUGGUGUAUCCCGUGUCUAUCAGGAAGGGAUGGGUAGACUGACUACCCGCGAUAUUCUCCUCGGGUACCCCC